AGCCAACAGGAAGCGUCGAGUGUGUGUGGCGUUUGAAUGUGAUCGCUGCAUUGUGUGUGAUGUUAAUCCUCUUUAUAUUUGAACCAUUUAUUUAUUUCAUAUAUAUUUUUAAGUGCGAAAUAAAACACGCAGGCACAGCAUUCCUCGUGUCCUGGCGGGCCCCGGGCCCAAGCCCAGGGCCUGCCUUGCCUGAUUUCGCUGCCGGACAAAAGCCCUCGUAUCCCGGCACGCCCCGGGCCCGCGCCAGGGCCUGCCUUGCCUGAUUUCGCUGCCGGAACAAAUCCCUCGACUCCCGGCGGGCACGGUGGGCCCGUGCCAGGGCCUGCCUUGCCUGAUUUCGCUGCCGGAGAUCUCGCGCGCCUCGCCGGGCGACGGAGUCCGCCGGGUGAGGCCGAGAUGGCUUCUUGGAUUGACUUUGCAUCCAUCAAACAAGAGCGUGAAGACAAUACGAGUCUUGAGACCUGGCCGGAUUUGGUGAAGAAAAGCGCAGACAUUUAUGGCGCUGAACUUCUGAAGAAUGUGAAGAUUGAGGGAGCCAGUGAGAGGCCACAGGAGGUGGAAGAUUCCCAUGGAUUCCUGCCCACUGCAGGCCGGAACUUCAUGAAGGUGGAAUUGGACGAGGAGGACCGUGGAAAAACCAUACGAAAGAAGAAGAAGAAGAAGACAGAAAAUUCUAUACUCGCAACCAAGCGACCAUCUUCAGGCCUGGAUUUUAAUCGCUUAAAAUUUGAGGGAGGAGCCAAUGAGAGACCGGCAUUGAUGGGGAGUUCCCGUGGGUGCCCGGCCACUGCAAACCAGAACUUUGUCGAGGUGGAGUUGGAUGAGGAGGACGUUGGCGAAGGCCUGGAUUUUAAUCACUUCAUAUUUGGGGGAGGAGCCAAUGAGAGACCGGUGGUGAUGGGGAGUUCCCGUGGUUGCCCGGCCACUGCAGAUCAAAACUUUGUCGAGGUGGUGUUGGAUGAGGAGGACGUUGGCGAAGGAACUACGGUAACGACAAAUGCUAAACAAAAAAGGGAUCGUGGGAAGAGAAAUCCGAAUGAAACUUCAACGCAACGAAAGCGACGGUUAGCAAAGGCUCGGCAAAAGUACAAAGAAAAGCGUGCUAAUGAGGACGAAGAGGCAAGGCGCGCCAGACUUCAGAAACGACGUGAUCGUUUGAAUGAUAAAACACCAGAAGCACGUGACGUCCGAUUGCAACGAGACCGUGAAUAUCACAAACAAUCAAGAAAUCAAGAAACACCAGAAGCUCGUGAUGCUCGAUUGAAAUCUAUGCGUGAACACAUGUCACAAUUCAGAUGCAAAGCAACGAAAGCGACGGUUACAAAAGGCUCGGCAAAAGUACCAAGAAAAGCGUCAUCCAGCAGCAGAGAGGCCUGCAGUAUGACACGCCCACACACACGACUCAGUGCUCAGCAGGGAACCAAGGAAUUUUUGGUACAAGAAACGCCCCACCUCGGCGUCUGCUUAACGCAAAGAGUUGAGCAAGGAUACAAUACACCAACACACACAUAA